GAACUCCCGUAUAGUUUCGAACUUUCUAUGUUUCUCAUAAAUUUCUCUUUGGUUUGUGUUUUCCCUUCUUAUUUUUUCAGGGACCUUGUUCCUCUCUUGCUAACGCCACUUCCUGUUCACCCGCUUAGAUCGGAUCUAUUCUCUGCCAAUCCCUCCCUUUAGUUUCACCAGCCUAAAACCAGAAAAUACCUGGAAAAAAAGAAGAUUUUUUUUUUUUUUGUUUAUCUUCUAGUAAACCCAAGAGAAAAUCUUAAUCCCAUGUGAUAAAAAAAUACGGGGUUCUGUUCCUGACCUCCAUUUCUGAACUGGGUCCGUGUUAAAUGGGCAAUGUGACGUCGAGUGUGGCUGCAAAGUUCGCAUUUUUCCCACCAAACCCGCCAACGUAUGAUAUAUACAGAGAAGAAAAUGGGAGGCCGGUAUUACCUGGGGUGACGGCGGACAUGAACGUGGAAAUGAAUUUGCUGGACAGCAAAAGCGGGAACAAGAUUGUUGCCAUGUUCUGGAGGCAUCCCCUUGCUCGGUUCACGUUGCUGUACUCGCAUGGCAACGCUGCAGACCUUGGUCAGAUGCACGAGCUCUUCAUCGAGCUCAGGGCUCACCUGCGUGUCAAUGUCAUGAGCUAUGAUUAUUCAGGAUAUGGAGCAUCCACCGGUAAGCCUUCUGAGUUGAACACAUAUUACGACAUAGAGGCUGUGUACAAUUGUUUGAAGAGGGAAUAUGGGAUUAAGCAAGAGGAUUUGAUAUUGUAUGGACAAUCUGUUGGAAGUGGGCCGACUCUGCAUUUGGCUUCUCGGUUACGCACGUUGAGGGGUGUUGUUCUUCAUAGUGCCAUUCUUUCUGGCAUUCGGGUGUUGUAUCCGGUCAAGAUGACAUUUUGGUUCGACAUUUUCAAAAAUAUAGACAAAAUACGGAAUGUCAGCUGUCCAGUUUUAGUAAUACAUGGAACAAAUGAUGAGAUUGUUGAUUGGUCACAUGGAAGGCGUUUGUGGGAACUUUCCAAGGAAAAAUAUGAACCCUUAUGGGUGAAGGGUGGUGGCCAUUGCAACCUCGAAACUUAUCCCGAGUACAUUAGGCACUUGCGUAAGUUCAUAAAUGCAAUGGAGAAACUCUCAUUCAUGAUACCACAGACGGCACAACUCACUUCUAACACCAGUUUUACAGAACAAGUGAGACGCAAUAAGUGCUUGAGAUUUGGAAAAUGAUAGCUGCUUCUAAUUUCUCAUGAUCAUCAGUACUUGAUGAUUUGGAAACCGAAACAGAUUAUAUAUAGAUCUUGCCUAUGCUUGCUUGAUUCAUGGAUCCAGUGUUUGGCAGUUAAGCUAGCUGUUUGUCUCGGUACGAUAUUGAUUACAAAGAUAUGGCAAAAUGAUAGGAAUCGUACAGAGUCUGUUUGAUGCAUACUGAUCCUGUUGAUCAGCUUACCAUUUUUUGAGGUAGCAUUCGUGAUAUCAACCCAUUCGCAUUCAAGAGAAUGUGCUUCUUGAUCUGGAUUUAAUGUACAAUUAAUUAACAAACUUAAGCUUUAUUGUAAAGACUAUCAUCAUCUUCAGAAAUGAAAUACAUGGGUUUGGCAGCAAUUAGCCUGUUUUAUUU